AUGGCUAGGCUUCAUACUUCGAGGAUUAAUAGUUGGAUGGACAAGGCCGCUGUAGAUCACGAAGAUGGUCUCACAGUCGCCCAGUUGAUGUUAACAAAUGAUGAUCUUAAGCCUGUUGAGCCCGCGCGUCGCCAAUGGGGAGCGUGGAAUUUUGUUGGCUUUUGGGUUGCCGAUUCCUUCAACAUCAACACGUGGAUGAUUAGCUCGUCCAUGAUCGUGGGCGGACUCUCGUGGUGGCAGUCCUGGCUCUGCGUAUGGAUUGGAUACGCAAUCGCUGGAUGCUUUAUCUGCAUGACCGGUCGCAUCGGAGCCAUGUACCAUAUCGGUUUCCCGGUUGUGAGCCGAUCGAGUUUCGGAAUAUGGGGCUGCCUCUGGCCCGUAUUUAAUCGUGCUGCCAUGGCGUGUAUUUGGUACGGUGUGCAGUCGUAUAUUGGUGGGCAUUGCGUAUAUCUCAUGAUUCGAUCCAUCUGGCUCAGUUGGGACCGCAAAACUAUCCCGAACUCGUUCUCCGAGGACUCGGGAACCACAACCGCUGAUUAUGUCUCCUUUUUCCUCUUCUGGCUUUUGUCGCUACCGGCAAUUUGGUUCCCCGUGCAUCAAAUUCGACAUCUUUUCACCGUCAAGGCUUACUUCGUUCCUUGUGCCGGCAUCGCUUUCUUGAUAUGGGCACUUGUUCGCGCUGGAGGCCCGGGCCCUAUUGUCCGACAACGAGCAACGAUAGAGGGUAGCGACCUUGCAUGGGAGUUUAUUAAGGGUGUUAUGAGUUCGAUUGCCAACUUUGCAACACUCAUUGUAAACGACCCUGACUUCUCUCGUUUCUCCACUAAGCCUCGUGAUGCUCUUUGGUCGCAGCUUUUAACCGUCCCUAUCGGCUUUGCCAUCACCUCCUUGAUCGGCAUAUUGGUCUCAUCUAGCUCAGUCAUCAUUUACCCCGGGAGCCAGCCGAUCUGGGACCCCCUUGACCUACUGGAGAGAUUUAUCGACGAUGGUAGUUCCGGUCAACGUUUUGGCGUCUUCGUCAUCUCUUUCGCUUUUGCCCUGGCUCAGUUGGGCACAAAUAUCGCAGCGAAUUCGGUUUCAGCGGGGACUGAUAUGACGGCACUACUUCCGCGGUUCAUCAACAUUCGCCGUGGUGGCUAUAUCUGUGCUGUUGUUGGCUUAGCCAUGUGCCCCUACAACUUGCUCACAUCGAGUAAUCAGUUCACGACCUAUCUUUCGUCUUAUUCCGUCUUUCUUAGCUCAAUAGCGGGCGUCAUGUGUAGCGAUUACUACCUGGUCCGAAGAGGCUAUCUCGAAAUCAAAGAGCUUUACGACGCUCGUAAGACAGGGCCGUACUACUUUACUUAUGGCUUUCAUUGGAGAGCUUACGCGGCAUAUAUCAGUGGUAUUCUCAUCAACGUGGUUGGAUUUGCCGGGGCGGUGAAUGGCGGCAACGUUCCUAUGGGAGCAACUUACAUCUAUAAUUUCAACUUCUUCUGUGGAUUCAUUAUUUCUGGGGUGAUGUACUGGGCUUUAUGCAAGCUGUUCCCCGUACCAGCCUGCAGCGAUACAUGGAUGGAAGUGGGUGAUCAGAUUGAUGAGGUCAGACUUGCCUACGACCAUAAUAGUAGUCAGCAAGAAGAGUUUGAUGAAGAGGCAGAUAUUGAUAACAAGUACGGCAAGAAUCAUCAAAAAAAUGUAUGA